CUGCUUGUAAACAGAAGCUCACACGUGACGCCGAGGGAGCCGAGCAGCCGCGCGAGGCGAACGAGCGAGCGAGCUGCAUUGUCUGCGAGACGGACAAAAGAGCGAACGCGAGUGAGCGCGAGCAUCUUAGAAGGCAGGCAGGAGGAGGAGGUGGUGGUGGUGGAGGGGGGGGGACAGGUGUCAUGACAACCGACGUUAUCUGCCUCGAUAUAAAGCCGAGUUCUUCCCGCCGCUCGCAGCGCAGUGUCCGAACGCGUCCGGCCGCCGGAAACUUCUUCAUGUCUGGACCCCGAACUCGGACCGUUCGGAGGGUCGACGACGGCAGCUGCGUUUUCCGAAGCUCGCACGCAGCUGGCAGCGGGUAAACAAAGCUGGGGGGACAGCCUUUGUUUCACCUCCUUAACUCGGCUUCAGCUGCGCUUAAAGAAGCUCACUUUUUUAUUUUUAUUUUAUUUUUAAUCGUAAGCUCGCAUCGACCGUUAGCUACCUCUAGCUAGCUGUAGCCGUUAGCCGUUAGGUUUUUUUUUUUUUUUUAAACGUUAAUCUUGUUUUUUUUUUUUUUUUUUUUUUUUGGGUUGUUUUUUUUUUUUUUACUUGGCUGGAUGAGAUGUCAUUCACGAUGGAGGAUAACUUGGAGUCCGGGUGGGUGUCCGUCCGACCCAGAGUGUUUGAGGAGAAAGAGAGGCACAAAUUCGACUUCAUCGUGGCCUGGAACGACGUCGAGGGAAAGUUCGCCAUAACCUGCCACAACAGAACCGUGCAGAAGCGGGCCACGUUUCCGGACGGCCACCCCGCCGAUGUGCUUCCUGUCCCCGGUGCCUCCGUGGCAGAAACACGCACAAAAAGUCCUGUCACGACGAGGAAAGAUGAAGCCGAUAUCGAGAUCCUGGACCCCGUGGACGUCCCGCUCUCUCCGGAUGAUGCACACCUGGCUGAGGGUGACAGCGGCGGCCAUGAGGACUUCAGCUGGGCCGGGCUGUUAUCCUUCCAGGACCUGAGGGCAGCCCACCUCCAGCUGUGCGCCAUCAACUCGGACCUGGAGCCGUGUUUACCCUCCUUCCCCGAGGAUCAGUCCGGGGUGUGGACGCUGUGGCUUUUCGGUGCCCCCGGGCUGUCGCAGAUGGAGACGGACGCCCUGUGCUACCAGCUGAAGGUGUACCUGGGUCACGCCCUGGACACCUGCGGAUGGAAGAUCCUCUCGCAGGUGCUUUUCUCCGAGAGGGACGACAUGGAGGAGUACUACGAGAGCCUGAGCGAGCUGAGGCAGAAGGGCUAUGAAGAUGCUCUGGAGAGGGCUAAAAGAUGUAUGCAGGAGGUGUUGGACAAACACAAAGCCAUGGACAGCAUGGUGGAGCUGCUGCAGGUGUACCCCGAGGAGGACGAGGCGUACGGAGAACUGCUGGAGGCAACGACUCAGCUCUACCACUACCUGCUUCAGCCUUUCAGGGACAUGAGGGAACUGGCAAUGUUGCGCAGACAGCAGAUUAAGGUCUCUCUAGAGACGGAGCGCCUCGGUCCUCGCCGUGUGGAGAGCCUGAGGAAAGAGGAUGAGGAGUGGCAGAAGAAGGCUCACGCCGCUGUGCUCACCAUACAGGACCUGACUGUCAAAUUCUUUGAAACCACGACUCGAGCACAGAAAGCUUUGUAUGAGCGGAUGCGUGCCGACCAGAAGAAGUUUGGCAAGUCGGCGUGGGCUGCAGCCGUCGAACGCAUGGAGCGGCUGCAGUACGCCGUUUCCAAAGAAACACUGCAGCUGAUGAGGGCCAAAGAAAUCUGCCUGGAACAGAAGAAACAUGGCUUGAAGGAAGAGAUGCGGAGUCUGCAAAGUGGAGAGGAUGCAAUGCUGCGUCUGGACCAGCUGGAGGCGCUGUACUACGAGUUGCAGCUGCAGCUGUAUGAUAUCCAGGCAGAGGUGCUGCGCUGUGAAGAGCUGCUGCUCACUGCUCAGCUGCAGAGUCUACGGAGGCAGAUGACGGAGCGUCAGGAUGAGGUGGUGUACUACGACGCCUUCGAGAGCCCCGACGCCAUGAAGGGCGAACAAGAUCUCGCAACCCCGCCGUCCCCCCUCAGAAAUGAAGAACUCGCUGUCUUACAGCAGAGGACGCGGCAGCUCGAGGCUCGCCGGGGCCGCAUCACUGCCAAGAAAGUCUACCUCAAAAACAAGAAGGAAAUCUGUAUCGUCAACCACAACCAGAAGAUACAACAGCGACAAGGUAGCCAUGGUGACGGCAGUUCCCUGCAAACACUGCUGCAGGGAGAAGCUGAGGAAGAUGAAGGCAAGAGAAACGCCAGAGUGAGUCAGGAGAGGCAGAGGACUCUGGACCGACUUCGCAGCCUCAAACAGCGCUACCCGGGCCAGGUGACUCUGAAGUCCAGCCGGCUGCGUCUGAAUCAGCCUCACAGCCGGCGGAGAGCGGGACAGCAGCCCAGCACUCAGGCGGUCAGCGUUCAGACCGACUGCUCCGAUCUCCCAGAACUCUCUGCUCCGCCCGACGCCUGCGGCUGCGACAGCGUCUCUUUGCCAACGGUUCCACUCCAAAGUCUCGACUCUUCACCUCCCUUCCUCUCGCUGCCUCCCCUCUCGGCCUCCCCGUCUAUUCUUUCACUCGGUCCCCCUCCACCUCCCCCGCCUCCUCCUCCACUUCCUCCCUCGGAGGACCAGCAGCAGGGCGAGGGGACGGAGACGGGCAGCCCACUGCGGCACGUUACCUGCGAGUCUAAACCUUCCUCGCUGCCCUCGGCUCGGUUCUCCCCUCGAGUAUUUGAUAGCAGCCAGCUGCUGACGGCGAGGACGAAGCUGAGGAAGACGGCCUCGCUGGACUCGGGGAGGAAAGCGAGCACCCCCAUGGACGAGGUCCUGGCCACUCUCAAGCGGGGCAGUUUCCACCUGAGGAAGGCCGAGCUGCGGGUUCUGGCCCCCGACCCGGACGACGAGAGCGACAACAUCCUGGCUCAGAUCCGGCAAGGCAUCCGGCUGAAGAAGGUACGGACCCAACCGGAGAAGCAGCGUCAGGCCAAGAGCUUCCCCCACGCGGCCGACGCUCUGACCCGCAGCAUCCACGAGGCCCUGAGGAGGAUCAAAGAGGCGUCGCCGGAGUCCGAGUCCGAGGACGAAGGCCUUCCGUGCACUGACUGGGAAAACUAGCUCCUGGCUUUUAUUGGAAUAACUUUUUUUUUUUUUUUUUUAACUUUUAUCUUUUCUGGAUACGUGGAGCCAAAACGAAGAGAAAGCGGUGGCUCGAGUUACGAGGACGAGCCAGGAUUAAAUCACCCGGAGACACCUCGGUGCAAUCCGAACAAAAAAACCCUCGAUUGUUUUUAUACAUCAAGAAAAAACUGAUCAGAAGUAUUUUUGUUUUUCAUACUUCUGUACGUUUGUAAAGACGGACCAUUAAAACUUCCUUUUUUUUUUUUUUUUUUGAAUGUUGUUGCUGUGGCAUUGUUGGCGAGGAAUACAACCUCUAACCUCUCUAUGUCAGAGUCGUACUGUAGCUUUGCUGUGAUGGGUUUGUUUCUCUCUCUCACUUACGACACAGUAAGACUCUCCACUGAAUACGUGUGCUGUACACUUUUACAUUCGAGUAUGUGACAACCAUUUGUACUGUAUAUUGUAGAACGUGUGUGCAGAGUAGGACUGUUGACCUCUUCAUAAGCCCCCCCCCUUUUUAUUUUUGCGCCAACAGGUGAGCGAUCCUCGGUCAACUUCCUCGCUAGUUCAGCACGUAGCAUAUCUAAGUACAGGAACGGAGGAGGUUGACCGAGGGUUGCUCGACUGUGAUUGGAGCACAGAGCAAAAAAAAAAAGGAGGGCGGGGCUUAAGGAGGGUCAGUUCUGACUUCAGUUACUGUUACUUUAAAUGUGUUAAUGGUGUUUAUUUGUGUAUUUAACAAAUCAACCAGCCUGUUUUAUACAAAUAGAGUAAAAUAUGAUACAACGACAUCAAACUAAACUUCACUCUCCAUCAUAGUUCAGAGGUUUUCUGUUGUUGUUGUUGUUGUUGUUGUUGUUAACGGUAGGUUAGUUAUUGUAGCUCUGAUUCGACCUUCGUAACAACGCGGUCGGCAGCACUUUAAAAACCCUUCGCACCCCAAAACAAAGUCACAACUCAACGAUACACACAUUCUUACUCUCAGUGUGACGUAAUAAUCUCCAAUAUCCACCGAGAUUCAACGUCUAUAAAUACACUUCAUAGAACAAGUGUCUCCUUAUAACCCCAGAUCAAUACGUUUAUGGAUACACUGCAAACAGGAAGUGCUGAUUAGUUCAUUCAGAAUACUUUUAAUGGUGCCAAUCUGCUCCAUAACAUUAAACUCCCUGUUUACACCACCCACAGCAUUAUGGGAACUGUCUUUAAGAAGCUCCUAUAAACUCACAUAUUCUGUAUUUACUUAUUUUUACAGUUAUUAUUAAAACAGAACUUUCUUAUUUCCAAAGAAACAAACACUGGAAAUAUUAAACACAAACGGCUUUCUGAUCGUUCAUAAACAAACGUUUGUUUACUUUUGGAUCCUCGGCCUACAGAUUGUUUAUAGAAAGUGUUUUUAAAAGAUUAUUUAACAAUUCAAGAUGGUUUUUUUUUGUGUCUAAACCAAAUUUUAUUUAUAAAAUCAACCAAUAAAAUAAAAAAUAAACCAUCUGUAGGUCGGACUUUAUCUGUGCAUCCGCUUUCGUUUGGACCGGGUCAGUAUUUUGACAAAUUAAAUUAUAUAUAUAUAAUAAAUAUAUAUAUAUAUACGAUGAUUUUAUAUUUCAGCACCAAUUUAAAUAUAAAUUACUUGAAUCUAGUUUUGGUUGUUUUCUGUGAUCGGCUGAUUGUGUCGUCACUCUUCUUAGAUGGAAAAUUAGACGUAGAUGGAUAGAUUAAUAUAAUAUAUUGAUUAAUGUGCGGAGAAGAUUGAUUAAAUUAUGACUUCUGUCCUGAUAUAUUACCGUUAAUUUACUCUAAAAGACUCAGAAAGGAACAAAUAUUUACUUUAAGGAGCUUCACUCUUUAAAAUAUUAUAAUUAGAGCUGGAAGAAUUCAGCAGGAAAUGAAUCUGCAUUUAUUUUAAUAAUCGAUCAAUAGUUUAAGUCUUUUUUUUUAUCCAGUGUGAUAAUCUCUGUUUCCUGUCGUUCCAAACUGAUCAUCUCUCCGUUUUUGGGGCGUUUUAAGAAACAGAUUUGAACUAUUUUAAAGACUAAACGAUGAAUUGAUCACUUAAAGAAAAACCUGCAGAUGAAUUGAUGAAGAUAAAAUGUUUAAUGAGGCGUUUAAGGACAGAGGAAAUAUUUAAAUGCUUUAAACUCAGUUCAGAUGAAGUCUGAUGUUUUAUCGCCCUCUGCUGGUAACUGACGACAUUUGUGACUUUUAUUUUGUUGUUUUUAAGUCAUUUUAUUUUUUCCACUGCCUUGUUGGUUUUUGUUUGUUUUCCAACUUAUUUACUUCCUGAAGUUGUUGUUGUUGUUUGAGCUUGGUAUGUGUGUUUGUGUGUGUGCGCCUUUUUAUACCAGUCUCUCUUUAUUAUGUGUUAACUGUGUCAAACCUCUUAAACUGAAAAAAGAAAACCAACUAAACUCUCACUUCCUGUUUUGUAAGUCAACUUUUAAAGAAAUUGUUUGACUUUUUUUUUUGGAGAUUUAUUCGCUUUCUUUGUCGAGAGUUCGAGGAGAACAUCGAUGCCACUUUAACGUCUGUACGGUUUAAUACGGAGCCACAGCCAGCAGAUGGUUAGCUUAGCUUAGCAUAAAGACUGGAAGCGGAGGGGAACUGUUAGCCUGGCUUUGUCCAAAGUGAAGAAAUCCACAGUUCGACUAACGUUCAUUUACUAAAACAACCAGUGAAUAUCGGACUUAAAUUAACAGACGACACCAGAAACUCUUUUCAAAAGUAAUAUUACUUAUUACUAUCUGCCAACAGUAAUUAGUUACUUACUUUUCUGGGUAAUUUUUGUCCUUUCUCCCCAAAAUUCAGACUUUUUUCCCGACGAUUAAAAUCAAAAUAAUGGGAAUAUUUCCAUCCAACGAACUAGUUUUUUUCUCCACGUUUACAAAAAAAUGAAUCCAAGGCUGUGAUUGGAUAUGUGAUAGUAACUAGUUACACUACUAGUUACAGGAGGAGGUUACAAGAUUACUGUAAUAUCGUGGAUAUGGGUCACAUUUAAACAAAUAAAUCAAUAAUUAAGUGUUAAUGCUCGCAGUGUGAACGUUGCCACAGCGAGUCUGGUUGUUGCACUGAUUUUAAACAAUAGUGUUAAUUAUUGAUCUUUAAAUGAGGCAGCAGGUGGGUUUUAUUACCUGUUGGACAGAACCAGGUGAGCUCCUCGUUUCCAGUCUUUAAGUUAAGCGAACCGGCUGCAGCAGCCACACGAGAGCGACGUAAAUCAGCUUCUAAGUCCCCUUUUUCACCAUCGAUACCAUCGUGCUUUUAUUUUUUAAACCUUUCCAACAAGGUGAGCUUGACCUUUUAACCUUUCUGACCUUAUGCAUGUGACUGGUUAUGUUUUGUUUUAUUUUUCAAGGACGAACCCAUCACAACGUAAGUGCAAUAAAUUGAGAUGAAAAAGUCAUUUUUAUGGAUUUUACUGUAAUGAAAAUGUAAAUCACGACAAACUAAAAUAUAUCCGCAUGCCUAAAUGUAUUGAAGUAUUUAUUGAAACUUCAUAUUUUAAAAUGAUUUUUAAAAAAAGCGUACAAAUGUAAAUGUACUUUAUAAGAAGUUUUUGUUGCUUUUAUUGUUUUCCUAUCAUUGACAUUCCUCUUCUGCUUUCUAUAUCUCCGAUUACGGUAUAUCUCUAUUUUUUUUUCUCCUUUCAAAAUAAAAUUAAGCACCAAAA